CGAGCACAGAAAUUCAGUGUGCGAACGGUUUUCGGAGAGUGUAGAUCUAUUUCUUUACGAGUUCCGUCCAGUUGUAUUUAUCAAUUUACAUAUACAUACAUAUAUACAUAUAUAUAAAUAUAAAUAACUAAAAAAACAUUUACGGCGAUUUAUAAAAAAAAAAUAAACAAUUAGUUACUAAAUAAAAAAAAAAAAGUUAAUCAGUUUAGUUUUGUUAAUGUAAAUAUUAUUUUUAAAUUUCGUUUUGUCACAGUGGCUUUAAAAAUUCAAACUGGAUUCCAACAAGCAGUUUACGUCGCGAUUACAUCGCGGCUAUCGACAACUUAAGAAAUUUUUCAAGCGUGUGGCAAACCAGACGCUCAGUGUUUCGACACAACCGACGGUAACGGUGGAGGGCCCGGUGUGUAAAAUGUCUCCACCAACGAAUGAUGUUACCAGCGGCGUAGUGGCGCCGUCUGAUAAUCUCAUGCCACGAGUUCCUCCUGCGGCAAAUCCUACCAUCAACAUCCUUCAGCCGCACAAGCGUACUGCUAAUGACUUUAUCUUCGGUAAAGUUAUUGGCGAAGGAAGUUUUUCUACCGUCUACAUCGCCAAAGACAUCCAUACUAACCGAGAGUAUGCUAUAAAAGUGUGCGAGAAGCGUCAUAUCAUAAAAGAAAAAAAGACUGAGUACGUAAAACGUGAGAAAGAAGUACUGAACAUGUUGGCUGGUGCAAGACACUCAUUCGUAAGAUUGUUUUGUACCUUUCAAGACGUCGACCGACUUUACUUUGUACUGUCGUACGCCAAAAACGGGGAAUUACUUCCUUACAUCAACAAAGUCGGGUCAUUUGACAUCGAGUGUACCAAGUUCUACUCCGCGGAAAUUCUCCGCGGAUUGGAGUACCUUCACGGUCUUGGAAUCAUUCAUCGCGAUCUUAAACCCGAAAAUAUUCUUCUUGACGAAAAAAUGCACAUACUGAUCACCGACUUCGGUAGCGCUAAAAUACUCAAAGACGAUCCCGAUACCUUGACAACAACAACCACCGCCACCACAACAACAACAACCCAGUCUGACGCUAGUGAUAAAAAUGAACGACCUCGUAGACGCGAAAGAAGAAAUUCAUUUGUCGGUACGGCGCAAUAUGUAUCACCGGAAAUACUCACAGACAAACCAGCAUCCAGAGCAUCUGAUCUCUGGGCUCUUGGAUGUAUUAUCUAUCAAAUGGUAUCAGGAUUGCCGCCAUUUUAUUCUAAAAGUGAAUAUCUCAUUUUUCAACAAAUUCUCAAACUCGACUACGAAAUCCCAGAUGGUUUUUGCCCAUUGGCUAAGUCACUUGUGAGCCAGUUGUUGAUUAUCGAUCAAUCGCAGAGACUUGGCGCCCAAGAUGAACACGGUGCUGGAUAUCCAAGCAUUCGCGCUCACCCAUUUUUCGAGGGCGUUGAUUUUGAGACACUCCAUGAACAAGUACCGCCAUCUAUUUACCCAUAUUUACCUGGUACGUCUGAGCACGAAGAAAUGCGCUCCCAUUACCGGGUACCAGAUCAUCUAGAGCCGGGUCUUGAUGACAAACAACUCACAAGAUUACUCGGUCUUGGUAUCGGUCAAGAGACACCUGAGAAACCAGUGCCCGUAAUAUCUGUCGUCAAAAAACCCAAGCAGAAGGCGUCAAGUAUCGUCGACUUAACACCUGGAGAAUUUAAAAGUCAACUAGAGGCUCAGCGUGCGUCUAAUCAGUGGCAUCCUUUUGUCGAUGAUCAAGUAAUUCUCAAACAAGGUUUCAUCAACAAACGCAAAGGACUUUUUGCUCGAAGACGGAUGCUGCUACUGACCACCGGACCCCAUCUAUUUUACGUCGACCCUUUCAAUAUGAUUUUGAAGGGAGAGAUUCCAUGGAGUAAAGAACUCAGAGUCGAACCGAAAAAUUUCAAAAUUUUCUUCGUUCACACGCCUGACAGAACGUAUUAUCUCGAAGACCCUGAAGGUUUUGCACUAGAAUGGUGUCGAGUUAUCGAAGAAAUGAGAGUUCACUAUUACGGUUUGCAGGAAAACAAAAAAUCACAUUAAUGACAAUUUAUGUAAAUGUCAUUGCAGUAAAUGUAUACGACAAUUAAUGACAGUUCGCAAUAGUGUCACUUCUAUAUAUAUAUAUAUAUAUAUAUAUUUUUUUUUUUUUUAAGUAAAAAUCGUCAGUUAUGUAUAUAACUUAUUUAUUUAUGACGACUUUAACUUAAAGUACGUAUCCAAAGUAAUUAUUAAACAUUUUUAAAUAAUUGUUGAAUUAAUAUAUAAUUAAAAAACAAUCCGUGAGUUAAUUAACGUUAAAAGCUUUAAUACAUCGCCGUAAAUGUGCGUAAGAUAUAUAAUUUUAAAUGCACACUUAUUAUACGCAUUUUUCUCUACUCAUUUUAAUUCAUUAUUAUUAUUAUUAUUAUUCUUAUUAUUAUUAUUAUCAUUAUUAUUAUUAUUAUUAUUAUUAAUAUUAUUAUUUAAUCAUUCCUUUGUAAAUAUUGUAAAUAUCGAGUUUAUAAAUCGGCUUUGUUGAAUAAUUAGUAAUUAUAAUCAUAGAGUUAAUUUAACACGACAUAAAAAAAAUAUAUAUAUAUACAUAUAUAUGAAAUUCAAGUGACAUUUUAAUAGCGGACUACUAGUAACACAAUAAUUUAAAAAAAAUUAGACAAUUUAAACUAAUUAUAACCGAGAUCUAAAAAAAUUAAUAGAUACUCAAUAAUUUUUUAGUCAAUAAUUAAUUAGUUAAAUUAAAUAGUAAGUAAAUGUUAUGUCGCGAAAGUGUUUAUUGUGUCGUAUAAAAAUAUUAACAUAUUUUAAAUUCAUUUUCAUUUAUAAUGUAUGCCGUUACUUAAUUUUUUUUCUUUUUUUUUUUUUGUUAAUUUAUAUCAACGAUUUGCAUUACGUUAUAUAAUUUUUCAUACUGUAACAAAAUUUGCGGAGUAAAUUCGGAGUCAGACUCGUUAUUUAUUUAAAUUUACUUCGGAGGGGAAUUUAAUUUAACAUUCAAAUUUCGAAUCGGAGUAAAUGCGAAUUUUAAAAAAAUCCCGAUCACUUUAAAAUGACCGCAAAAAAAAAAAUUUUGACUUCGAAACUUUGAUUAGUGACGGAGUUAAUUUUGAUUAAUUUAAAAUCCGUAAUCACUCCGAAUUUACUCCGAUUUUUUUACAGUUCAUUAUUAUCAUUUAAUAUUUAUUUAAAACAUUCUUCAUUAUUUAUUUGUUCGUUAAAACAUUACUAUUAUUAUUCAUACGUGUCAAUGCAACUAGUAUUAUUGUUAUAGUUAUUGUAAUUACUAUCUGACUUGAAAAAAAAAAAAAAAAAAAAAAAAAAAAUUAUUAUUAACAAAUAGAUACUGCAGUUGCUGUGUUUCUAUUGAACCGGCAGCAGUACUAUCACCUUUUAUGUAAAUACUGCCGUGUUCAAAAUUAAAAUGCGUAGUACUGACUCACGUGACAUACAAUCGAGUUCAAUGUCCAUUUGUUGUAUAAUAUUUAUAUGUUAAUUAAGUGCGUACAUGUACGUACGUCUUGUAAAUAAUUUAUAUCUAUCUAUCUCUACAUAUACAUAUAUAUAUUUAUUUAUUUAUAAAUCCGUAGAUAAACGAGUGUACAAAUAAAAGUCUCAUUAUAAAAUCUAAAUAAGCAAAAGUCAAUAGCUCGAUUGUAUCGAUACCUAAAAUUUUUUCUCAAACGUUAGCACAGAAUAAAUCAGGGUAUUUAGAAAUAUAUAAGUCAGAAAAUAUAUACCGAGUCAAGCUGCUCGAAAUAAUGAUUUAAUUAUUUAUUAAUUAAAUAAUUGUCCCCGGUGCCCAAUGGUCGGUUCAAAAAGACCGCUUUUGACAGGUCAUGUAAGGUCUGGGCGGGCUGCGCGACCUCAUGUAUAUAUUUUCUGACAAAUUGUAUUUCUAAUUUAAUUAUAAGUCAUAUUUAUAUAUAUAUAUGUGCAAUAUUAAUGUUGAGGAAAAAUUUUAUAAAUUAAUGUCGCGUUUAAUUGCCGGCUUGUGCGAAUCAAAGAGUAUUUAUAAUAAACUUUGCUCUAUCUACGUUUUAUGUAGGUACUGCAAACUUUUUAUCUCAAUACCUCGCAGUAAGCCGGUGAUUAAUUACUGGUACUACGUCAUUAGCCAAUAAAAUAAUUAAAUAAAUUUUAGACCUCGAUAUAAAAUUAAUUAUUGCCGUAGUUAAGAUACUUUAAUGUUUAUAUAAAUAAAUAAUAAUUAUAAUUAUCAUCAAUUACAUAAUUUGGCGUAAUAAUUUUAUGUCUACUGGUUAUUGUUUGUGUUUUUUUUUUUCGAUGCAAGUCAAGAUUAUAAUUAAAUUUACAGUAUUAUUAAAUGUAUGUAGACUAAGUGUGUACUUUUAUGUACGUUAUACACAUCAUUAUUACACACAUACUAAGGGCGUAUUAUUAUUACUAUUAUUAUUAUUAUUAUUACUAUUAUUAUUUUAUUGUUAGAUAUAACUCUUUGCGUUUUAUUUCUGCGCAUAUAUACCGCGAGUUAUAUUUAAGAUCAUUUGAUUUAAUAAAUGAAUAAUGUAUGAUUAUAAUAAUUUGUGUAAAAAUUUAAGUAUGAUGUGAAUGUUAAAGCCCUAUUGACAUAUGAUCAAUAUUUCAA